GGAGAAGGGGGCGGCCGCCUGGCCGUCCGUCCGUCCGUCUGUCCGUCGCACGGGGAGCAGGAACGGAUACAAAAUACUAAUAAUAAUUAAAAAAAAAAAAAUCACAGCUCCGGUCUCCUCCGCCAGAGAUUUUUCCAUGUGGAGGUUGUUUCGAUGGACGUGCCCCCGUGUGCUUCUUAGGCAAUCGGCAGUUUCCUAAAGGUUGACCAUGGUUGCCGGGAUCCGCUCUCUUCUAGCGCUGCUGCUUUACCAGGUCCUGCUGGGCGGCUCGGCCGGCCUCAUCCCCGAGGUGGGCCGGCGGAGAUUCACCGAGUCGGGCCGCUCCACGCCACAGCGGUCAGAAGACAUCCUGAGUGAGUUUGAGCUGCGACUGCUCAACAUGUUUGGGCUGAAGCGGAGACCCAAUCCCAGCAAGGGGGCCGUCAUCCCGCCUUACAUGCUGGACCUGUACCGCUUGCACUCGGGCCAGCUGGAGGAGCCUGCCAUGGACUACCGGCUGGAGAGAGCGGCCAGCCGAGCCAACACCGUCAGGAGCUUCCACCACGAAGAAUCUCUGGAAGAGCUGCCCGAAGCAAGUGGGACAACAGCCCGCCGUUUCUUCUUUAAUUUAACUUCCGUCCCUAACGAGGAGUUUAUCACCUCAGCUGAACUUCAGGUUUUCCGGGAGCAGGUACGGGAAGCCUUGGACAACAACAGCGGUUACCAUCACCGUAUUAAUAUUUAUGAGAUUAUCAAACCGGCCACCGCCAUCUCUAAGGACCCUGUCACCCGACUGUUGGACACCAGGUUGGUGAAUCACAAUGCAAGUAAAUGGGAAAGCUUUGAUGUGACCCCAGCUGUAACGAGGUGGAUUGCACAAGGACAGCCCAACCACGGCUUUGUGGUCGAAGUGGUUCACUUGGAAGAUGAGAGAGGUGUCUCCGAGAGGCAUGUGAGGAUCAGCCGGUCUUUGCAUCAAGACGAACAGAGCUGGCCUCAAAUAAGGCCCUUAUUAGUAACUUUCGGCCACGACGGCAAGGGACACCCUCUCCACAAGAGAGAGAAGCGUCAGGCGAAACACAAGCAGAGGAAACGCCUCAAAUCGAGUUGCAAAAGACAUCCUUUGUACGUGGACUUCAGUGAUGUGGGGUGGAAUGACUGGAUUGUGGCCCCUCCAGGGUAUCACGCCUUUUACUGCCAUGGAGAAUGUCCUUUUCCACUGGCGGAUCACCUGAACUCAACAAAUCAUGCCAUCGUUCAGACUUUGGUCAAUUCAGUAAAUUCCAAAAUCCCCAAAGCGUGCUGCGUGCCCACGGAACUCAGCGCCAUCUCCAUGCUCUAUCUUGACGAGAACGAGAAAGUUGUCCUAAAGAACUAUCAAGAUAUGGUUGUGGAGGGCUGUGGAUGCCGUUAGCACAGCAAAUAAAGAUAUAUAUUAGACAAAAGCAAAAAAAAAAAAAAGUUGACACUUUAAUAUUUCCCAAUGAAGACUUUAUUUAUGUAAUGAAAUGGAAAAAAAAACACAGCUAUUUUGAAAAUAUAUUUAUGUCUACAAAAAGAAGUUGGGAAAACAAAUAUUUUAAUCAGAGAAUUAUUCCUUAAAGAUUUUAAAUGUAUUUUAGUUGUACAUUUUAUAUGGGUUUAACCCCAGCACAUGAAGUAUAAUGGUCAGAUUCUUAUUUUGUAUUUAUUUACUAUUAUAACCACUUUUUAGAAGAAUAGCUAAUUUGUAUUUAUAUAUAAUCAAAAGAAAUAUAGGGUUUGUACAUAAUUUUCCAAAAUUGUAGCUGUUUCAGUUGUGUGUAUUUAAGUUGAAAAGUAUACAUGGAAGGUUACUAUGGCAAAGUGCAUGGCACGUUUGCUUUUUGCAGUGCUACUGUUAAGGUCACAAGUUCAAGUCCAGAAAAAAAAAAAGUGGAUAAUCCACUCUGCUGACUUUCAAGAUUAUUAUAUUGUACAAUUCUCAGGAAUGCUGCAGGGUGGGCUGUCCAAUCCAUGAGAACUGGCAUCCUUGUUAGGUGGAAUAUUUGGAUAAGAACCAGACGUUGCUGAUCUAAUAUAAAUACUGCUAUCCCCCCACUAAUUCGCAGAAUGAAUACAGCAGGGCCAAUAGAAAUCUUUAUGAAAAUGUUCAUUGAACCUGGUUUGGACCCACAGGAAAGUGAAUGAUGGUUUUUGUUCCUCUUUCCUUAAAUAGUGCUCCCUUGAAAUCGCCGUCCCGGCCAAAGUAUUAAAUAAAAUGUAAGAUCUCUUUAUCGUUGAUAUCGUGGUUAUGUAUGUGUAAAACGGAUUUCUACUGGCCCUUGUCUUAACAGUUGGGAAUAAGACUUUUUUUUUUUUUUUACCUCAAAUGGGUGCGCGUUUUGCCGUGAUGGGCACCAUCUUCAAAAUUUCACCCUCAGCACAGCACAAUAUUGCUGUCUACAGUUUCUGUCUCCCCCGCUGCUGGUUUUGCUGUCUGUCAGAUUAGCUUGCUUUUCUUUCAAAGAUUUUGUGUUUGAGAGCAUUCUCCAACUGUUAAACCUAUUUCAGAUAAUAAAUAAUGGAGCUCUGACA